AUGCCGCCCAAGAACACACUCGCCGACGCCUGGGACGACGAUUGGGAAUCGCUCGCUGAUAAAGAGGACGAGAAGCCUGCAGAAGAGCAGCCAAAGCCGAAACUCACAAAAGCGCAGCUCAAGGCUCAGCAUGCUGAACUCAACAAGCAGCUCUGGCAGGCCGCCGAGAACCCAGAGCCUCAAUGGUACCCUGAAGUCCGUCCUGCUCCUGUAGCAGCAACUUUCAAACCAAAAGUCACGAUGCUUGCACGCAAGCCCACCCCUCAAGUCCUCUCCCGCAAUAUGGCUGGUAUGAGCCUUGAUGACGAUGACAGCGAAGAAGAGCGACGGAAGAAGGCAGCAGCAGACUUCGAAGAGCGCAAAGCACGUGCGCAAAAGGAGCGGGCGGAGAAGGAGCGCAAGUACGCAGAAGCACGAGAGCGCAUCUUUGGCUCACCAGCUGCUUCCGCCGCAGAGGACUCGCGCAGCAACUCUCCCAACAAGGCUACACGAGGCAAGGGCCGUGGACGCGGUGGAAGGGAUAGUCAACCUAGGUCGAGCAAUGAGCAAUCCCCAGCACGAACGGCAGCUCCUGCGCGCCAACUCUUCGACCCUACAUACACUCCGAAGCCCGGCUCCGUAUUUAUACAGAAGAAAGAAUCAGGAAUCAGUCGCCCGUCUACGCCAAAUACACAAGAGAAGCCUGUUCGUCAACCCCAAGGACCUGCAAGAGGUGGCGGGCGCGGCUUUGCACCAAGGGGAGGCUACGGUGCACAGGCAGGUCCGUCAACAUGA